UGUUGGUAAAACAAUUGUUCAGUGGAAAAGAAGAACACAGUACGUCUUAGUUUUACACUACGUGAAAAUGGAUAUCCUUAAGUUCACCUUGUAUUUACUGCAACUUCUUCUGACAAGUGUGAAACAGAAUGUUGCAGGGGAAAAUAUCUCCAGCAGUUAUCCAGAAUCUUUUCAUACUCGUCAGAGUUCUUCGGGCAACACAUUGUCCAGAAGAACAUCCUACACCUAUAACAUGCUUCCACAAUCCAUAGAACGGACAAGGUACACUAUAACAGGCUUCAUCCCUUUAACUUCUGUAAGGUUUGCUAUUGAAUUGUGUCCGGAAUCCAAUUGUUUUCCAAUCAUAGGAUUUCAGUUCAGUGUCCGUAUGAAUACAAAUCUUGUGGUAAGGACUCAUAAGACUGAUGGUAAAUGGGCCAAUGAAGAAACAUAUGGAGGUAUGCCCUUCAGAAGAAAUGCCAAUUUUAAUGUAACAAUGGAAAAUACUGUACCACAAUAUAAGGUGUAUGUUAAUGGUUUGUAUUUCUGCGACUACAAGUAUUUUUAUCCUGGUCCCAGAAUUGGGUUCAUUAAAGUUCAUGGUGAUGUUCAACUAAAAAGAAUAUCUGUCAGUAAUGGCCAUCGUGAUUUAAGAUUACGAAGAAGCAUUCAACCAGGUGACUGGAUUCGAUUUCAAUUUAAUCGGAACGAAAUGAAUGUGCGUUAUGCAGAACUGGUUGGUGAAAAUGUGAGAAGAUUCUAUAUAUCUGGAAGGAAAGGACAGAAAUUUGAAGUUACGUGUAGAGGAUGUCGCAAAAUGUCAUUUGAUGUAAUACAUGGAGAUCAAGAGAGGAUUAUUAUUGCAAUGGAAGUAUUAUCUGAUGGACUAGUAAAGAUGCAUGAUGAUAAACAAUUCCUUACCUCGAUUCAGUUAGUAUACAAAGACGAUUUUGAAAAGGCAAACAUAUUUAUGACAGAUGAUUAUGGUGAUGCGGAGUUCUACAGUAAUCCAUAAGCAUGCAUGCACUCCUUCAUCCACCAUGCAUCAUUCC